GAUAAAGUAGCAGGACAUGGAAAUACUCAAGUAAAAUACAGUUGGAUAAAAUUAAAUAAAAUGUCCUCUUCAUAUAGAGUAUGUUAUUUCACAUCUUUGCAAAUCCCCCUGGGAAUCAUACUUUAGCAGUGCUAAUAUUGGCAAUGUACAUUUCACUGUUCCAUUUUCACACACUCCCUAUUGGUCAUCCACAUCCACACCUUAUGUGGUGACCAAAUUCUGGUUCAUCGCAAAAACAAAUAUCACGUGUUAACAGGAGUUGAGAUAAAAUCAAAGGCCAAACAAGGUGAACAGUGAGGAGAGCUCAUAUAUAAAGGCCAGUUUCUGCUCAGGGCAGACUGUGGUGGCAGACAGGUGCACCUGCAGGAUGCAAACCUUGGUCCAUUUGUGCGUUCUUCUCUCGCUUCUCUUCUCUGUCCAUGCAGAUGUCGUUGAACGUUUUGAGGAUGUUCCAGAAUGUAUGAGGUACUUCUACAAAGAGAAGGUGCCAGAGUGGGGGGCGUCUACAGCCGGUGCUGCCCAUCUCUGUCAGCGCUUCAUCAACAGGUACCACUUUGCCACACUGUAUGACACCAACCAUCGUAUUGCUGUCUAUUCUGCCUAUCAUUUCCAGCCCAGCAAUGGGGGUGGCAGAGAGAAAAGGUGGUUUGUAGAGCCUCAGCUGGUAAGAAUGUCUUGGCAAGCAGAGAUGAAGGAUGGGUACUGGCUGGAGAAAGACCACCCUGGGGUCUACCAAGGAGAGAAACAGGCUCUGAAUGAGGACUACACACACUCCGGCUUCGACCGUGGUCACCUCAACCCCAGCGGACACCAUUCAGUCCCCAGCCGCAAUGCCACUUUCACCCUGACAAAUGUGGUUCCUCAGAACCCCAAGCUGAACCAGAACGCCUGGAGGAUCCACGAGUCCCAGCUCACUGACCUUUUCCGGGACAAGUGCUCUAAGGCCUAUGUGCUGGUUGGUGCCAUUCCCUCUGCAGACAACUGGAUUGUGAAAAACAAUGUGAAACGUGUCAACAUCCCAGACUACCUGUGGAAUGCCUACUGCUGUGUGGACAACAAUGGCAGACCUGUUCAGAGUGGUGCUGCCACAGCAAGGAACACAGAGGACAACCGGGUGGAGAAGCUGUCUCUGGAUGAACUGGGAGAAUUCCUCCAGCAGUUCUCCAAAGAGACAGUAGGGGAGCUGUUUUACAACAACUGCACGGCAUAAAGGAUGACAAAGGGACGAUGAAACAAUAAUUGUUGAUGCCAUCCCCCCUUUAAUGUCAUUACAUUUUGUAUAACCAUGAAAAGCUAGUUUUAUUAAUGAUUCAAGUUUGUUAGUACAGUAAAAACUAAUUGAGUUUCAUUACAUUAGAUUACAUUCAUUUAGCUUAACACUUAUCCAAAGCUACUUACAAUAAGUGCAGUCAGCCAUGAAGAUCCCACCCAAAAAAUUACAAGAAUCAUGCGAGUACGUAAAAAUCAUCAAAUAAGCAAAGCUGCUCCAAAUGCUUCAUUUUAAAAACACUGUUGCCCACAUGGUGCUGUGUGAUACAAUUCAACAGCUUUAAUGCAUCCUAUAUUAUUAUUCUUAUUCAACCACAACUUGAUUAAUGAAAAUAAAUGACAGUGACAGUUGUGUCUUUUUCAUUGACAGUAAAGACAAUUAUCAACAUAGAAAACUGGAAAAAAUUUAAAGUAUCUGCCUUAUGCAAACAGCCUGAAUCAACUGUCAGGUACUGUACUAUAUUGUAUUAAUGAAUGAAUUAAAUUGUUUUUCUUGUUCUGUCAAAAAAAUAAACCACCCCUUGAGGCUUACAGUGUAUAAACACCAUCCAAGAAGCAAUUACAGGAAUUAAUGUAGAAGUAAUAGCGUAACCUUUGACAACCUAAGAGCACAUGACCUACAUAUGAAAGACACAGCUUACUUUUCCACAAAAGAAACAUCCAAAUGUCUUUAAAAGUAUUAGAGUAAAUAUGACCCUCAAAGAAGA